UAGUUUACUAGUCUUAAUAGCGCAUAGAGCACGAAAGCCUGAAGCUGCUCUAUCAAGAUGUGUACGGUCAACUCUGGUUUUCGUGUUUAUUACGUAUUUACCCUCGGCUACUCAAGAAUUCAUCAGCUAUAUAUGCAUUUCUGUGUUUCAAUUUUUUGGUCCAUAUAAAAUAUCUGAUCAUGUCAUCAGUUACAAGAUCCGUAGAAACGGACUACGACGAUGAAGAAGAAGAAAGUUUCGCUGCGUGCAGCUGCAGUAGCUUUAUGGCUAACGGGUUCAAGAGAAACCAAGUGUAUGAUUGCAGCAGUGAGAUAGGAGAAGAGGAGGAAGAAGAUUACUAUUAUUCAGAGGAAUUGUUUGAGAUCAAGCUGAUGAAGGAGGCUUUGGAUACCAUAACAGAAGAAGACGACGACGACAUGAGCACUGUCUUCUCUCUUGAUUUUCAUAAAUGCAAUGAAGAGGAGGAAGAGGAAGAGAACUUGGUAUAUGUGGCAGUUGGAGAGGAUGAUUCAAGCAUGGAAGUGUUAUCAUGGGCGUUGAAGCACGCCGUGACACCCUCCACCACCACCCUCUAUCUCAUACACGUUUUCCCUAUCAUCAAGUUCAUUCCAAGUCCACUUGGAAAAUUUCCAAGGAGUCAUGUAAACAGAGAGUAUGUUAACCACUUCUUGACUCAAGAGAAAGACAAAAGGAAAUUGAUGCUUAAGAAAUUCAUUGACCUAUGCAUUCAUUACAAGGUUAAGGCGGAGAUUAUGCUGAUAGAGGGCGACAAGGUUGCUGAAGCCAUCGUUGACCUUGUUGGGACACAUGAUGUAAGGAAACUGGUAAUUGGGACAAACAGAUCUAAUUUAAGCAGAAAAUCAAGGAGUGGCAUAGCGGACAAGGUACUCAAGAAUGCACAGGAAACCUGUGAUGUUAAAAUCAUAUGCCAAGGAAGGGAAGUCAUGGACAAAAUGAUUAUCCGCAACUCAAAUUCAUCACGCUCCAGAGACAGCACCACCAACUCACAGUCACAGUCACAGGAUGAAGAUGAACCCCGCAGCAGCAUUGUCCCUCUUCCGCGUUUUGUGCCCAAUCCCAUUCCUAAUUGGUUAUUUAGGCUUUGAUUUUUAUCACCUCAAUAACAUGACCAAACAUUAAAUGUGUAAAGAAAGAAAACAAAAAUUGUGUAUAUCUUUUUGUACUAUGAGAUAUUAAUUUACUUAUUACUUAUAGAAAUAAAAAAUGGUAGUACUCUUCUGAACUUUAUAA